CCUAUAGCUCUACCCUAAUAAAUAGACUAUCUGAGAGCUGAGGUGUACCUGUACCUGAAAAUUUAACAAUGUAUGUCACAAGGUCUCUCUCUCACUACAGAAAUAAUCCAGAAUCCCUUUCAUUACCUCCGGAGGGUCCAAAUUUAGGUUAUUUAGUCAUCCGAGAUGAAGAACCUACUACUUACUCUUGCUUUGGGUUGUGCAAACGCGGGUACCCUGUUACUUUGCCUUUCUCUCAAAACAAAAACUUGACAACAAUGUUUAUAUCAGGUGGAGAAUAUAGCCAAAUUUAUUACAAUGAUGUUUCCUUCAUUCCUGUUCUUAAUCAAUCACUAUCCAGUAAUCGUUACUACGUGAUUGAGCGAGAUGGAAAGGAUAAAGGGAUGGCAUAUGCUUGUUCGACCGAAGAGGACAAGGUUACUUGCUGUUUCUGCAGACAUGUUCAAGAUGUAAAACCAAGACCGUUUGAUCCUCAUGACACAUUUCAGCACUUUGAGAUUGCUAAUUUUAUAUCUGGAAGUAAUUUUGUUGCCAAAUCUGUGGUUCCUAAUGCUUUUCCUCCACACUUUUUGAGGAGAAAAGGAUGGAACGUGCAUAUUAAAACUCCAAAAAACUAUGUAUUAGGUGAGGCUUCAGGGCUUGACACUACUCUUCACGCACGCCUUCCUGACUUGAGCUUUCCAUUGUCCCGCAAGAGUUCCAAAGCUGUUGUUGUAGGGAAAUGGUAUUCCCCUUUCAUGUUCAUAAAAGAUGGAACAUCAACAUCAAGAGAUCAGAUGGAAAAUUCAAUGUUUUAUGAGAUGACACUUGAGCAAAGAUGGGAUCAGAUAUUUGAGCGCGACAAUAUUGAUGAUGGCAAAGUUGCAAUGGUUGAUGCAGUUGUUCAAACAGAGAUUGUAUUGGUUGGAGGAAGAGAGGCUGUGUGGAAUAAAAUGAAUGUGGUUGAUAACACUGUACGGUUUAAGAGUUUCAGGAGCCAAGGUGAAAAAGAGGUAAGUGUGGGAUUGAGUUUGGAGAUUGUUGAGAGAAUGAAAUGGGAGGAAGAAAGAGUCGGAUGGGUUGGUGGAGAUGAAGGAAAAGUGAGGGUUAAUAGAGUUGAAGAGUUUGGAGGAGGUGCUGAAGGGUGGAAGAAGUUUGGAUGCUAUGUAUUGGUGGAGAGCUUUGUAUUGAAAAGGAUGGACGGAAGUUUGGUUAUGACUUGUGAUUUUAAGCAUUGUCAUCAGAUCAAGUGCUUGUGGUACUAAAUUAUGUCCGUCACUGAUGUGUUCUUUCUUUGGCACUGGAUUGUUUGCCGUUUAAAAUAUAGUGAAGAAGUUCGGAUGCUAUGUUCUAGUUGUGAGGCUUGUGUGAACUUAAGUUUGGUCAGAUAUUUUGAUUUCCAGCACUUAAACUCAUCAACUAAGUGCUUCUGGGAAUGAAUUCUGUUAGUUUCUUCAAAAAUUUGUAAUUUUAUAUGGAAAUGUUUGGUUGUAAUAUUAUUGUUUAAUUAAAGAAGUACUGCUGGUGUGCUUAUAGAA